GUUAUGUCGACGAGGAGAUCACGCCUCCCGAGGAGUCGCUCAGCCACUCAGUCACCUGAGAGGGAGCACUUGUCUUUUACUGAUGUUCCAAUGGAAGGCCCGAGUGAUAAAGAAACUUCUCAUCAUGCAACCGGUGCACUUCCGUCUGAUCCUUUGCAAGACCUCUCGGGCUCUAGUGACAGACUACUUGACGACAUGUUAUCAGAACAAUCUCGCCGCGACGCCAUUGAACCAGUUGUCGAAACUGCCGAACCGGUCAUCGACGCCGUUGAGCCGGUCUUUGAAACGGUUGAACCCGUUAUUGAGGUUAUUGAACCAGUCCCCGAGCUUGUUGAACCAAUCGUCGAGGCUGGUUCCUCUGCAGGAAUUAUCAUGGAAACUCAGUCGUCAGUGGCCCAAAUUCAGCACACGACCCUGGCGACCGAGAUGACUACUGCGGCUGCGUCUUGA